AUGGUGGUGAAGGUCGCACUGCUGUAUCUCGUAGCAUUGGCUACUUGCGUCACUUCCGUUUUUGCAGAAUCCUAUGAGUCUCCACUUCCGGUUCAAGCUUACCAACCACCUCAGCUUUACAAGACUAGAACUGGUCUAAAACCUGAUAUAUACGAGGAGCCUCCUAAACCAUUCAACUUCGGCCACCAGAUACAGGACGACGAUGGUAACAUUCAUCAGCGGGAAGAGUCCGGAGACGAGUAUGGUAACGUACAUGGGAGCUAUGGCUACACUGACGCUUUAGGGCUCUACCGUAGGGUACAAUACAUUGCCGAUGCUGAGGGUUUCCGGGCAACAGUCGAAUCCAACGAGCCUGGUGUUACUAAUGAUAACCCUGCUAACGUUGAAAUCACUGCUGAGGAAUCUCCUGCACAGAUCAAGGAUUCUUAUUCUGCUCCUGGUUUCACAGGGUAUGGUGCUCGUGGUUACAAGGUACCUCAUCGUUAUCUGGGUCCUGAACCUGUCAUUCCAACCCACGUAGCUUUGCCUCAUCCUGCCCAUUAUGGUGUAAAUUCUGCAUCUUCACCUGUCAGACCGGUAAACUUGGCUGGGCACAUCGUUUCGCCUCAUGGAGCGGUUAGUAGUAACCGAGUUGGUGUUUCGCCCUUUACAGGGACCAAUUAUCACGCUCCUCCCGCCCUUUCUCCUCAUUACUAG